UUUAUCAUCAGCACCUCAUCUUUUUCGUUCUGCUAGACGUGUCAAAACAGCCACAGAACAGAAGUUUUCCCAAGAAUCAAGAAAAAAAAAUUUGUUACUUCACACGAUGGUGAUAUGAGGAAAAUUCAACAAAGUCAAAUUAAAUUAUCAACGCAAUUAAACUUUAAACAAUUAGAUUAAACUAUAUAAUAAUUCAUUUAAUUAGUGGCAGCAUUUGUUUUAUUUUUUAAUUUAUUUAAAUCAAUUUAUUAUUUAUAAUCGUUUUGUAAAACAAUGGCAGGGCAAAAGUUUCAAUACGAUGAAAGCGGCGGAACAUUUUAUUAUUUCCUUUUAUCAUUCCUCGCCCUAAUUCUAAUACCGACAACAAUUUACUAUUGGCCGCGCAAAAAGAAAGUUGAUCCACGAAAGACAAAAGAAGAAUGUCAAUGUCCGGAUUGUCAGACAAAAAAGCUAAUUUUAGCUGCAGCUGAACCCUACAAAGCGCUCAAAUCGUUUUUGGUCAAAUUAACUCUGGUUUUGGGUUGGGCUUUGUUGGUUUUCCUCGCCUAUAGGGUGUCCCAAUUCGACUAUGAAAUGGCUAGUUUUGAUCCAUUUGAAAUUCUUAAAAUUCCACCAACUUCAUCGGCAGCUGAUAUUAAAAAAGCCUACCGCAAGCUAUCGUUGAUUCUCCAUCCUGACAAGGAGACCGGCAAUGAGAAAGAAUUCAUGAUGCUUACGAAGGCAUAUCAAGCGUUAACUGAUGACGUGGCCAAGGAGAACUGGGAGAAAUAUGGUAACCCAGAUGGCCCGGGUGCCAUGUCAUUUGGUAUUGCUUUGCCUUCGUGGAUUGUUGAGAAAGAGAACUCUGUGUGGGUUCUGGGUUUAUAUGGUCUGGUAUUCAUGGUUGCAUUGCCUUCUGUUGUGGGAAUGUGGUGGUAUCGCUCGAUAAGGUUCUCCGGGGAUAAGGUUCUUCUGGACACGUCACAAAUGUACUUUUACUUCUUUCACAAGACUCCCCAUAUGCUAUUGAAAAGGGUCAUAAUGAUUUUGGGAGCAAGUUUAGAAUUUGACAGGCAGUAUAACAAACAAGUGGUAGAACGUCUUUCUGACAACGAUGAAGUUCCAGCGUUAAUUCGCCAAUUACCAAAUUUAAAUGAAAAAUGCAAGGAACAUCCACUGUGUCGUUUGUAUUCGAUUAAGGCACGAGCGAUCAUUCAUGCUCAUUUAAGUCGCAUGCCUUUGAAUCCAGAAACUCUGGAAAAAGAUCGUCAGUUGAUUGUAAAGAAGUGUCCUUAUCUUAUUCAAGAGAUGGUUUCUUGUGUUCAUCAGCUGGUAAUGUUGGCAUAUGCCAGACGUGUACCUCGAAUUCCAACACUUGAGACAAUUGAAAAUUGCAUGAAACUCUCACCAAUGGUUAUACAAGCUUUGUGGGAAUUUAAGUCGCCACUCAUGCAACUACCACAUAUAGGAGAAGAUAAUUUGCAUUAUAUUAUGAAGAAACGGCAUUUAAAGAAUCUUCAGCAAUUUGCUCAACUCAAACCUGAGGAAAGUCGAGUUUUACUGAGGAGUUUGACUGAUUUUGAAUAUGAUAAUGUUAUUAGAGUUCUUGGAAAAAUGCCUCUGAUUGACUUUUCAAUUCGUUGUGAAGUUAUUGAUGAUGAAAAUACAAAUGUUGUAACAGCUGGAGCAAUUGUUACUGUUACAGUUACACUCGUUAGGAAGGAUAUGAGAGUUUUAUUCGGAGACACAACAACACCAGCUAAAGAAAGUAUCAAGGAAGAAGAAGUAUUGGAGGACACACCUGAAGAAGGUGCUACCGCCAAUAAUGCAGCACCACCCAAAAAGCAGACUUGGUCAAAACAAGGAAAGCGUGGCGGCAAAGGUAAAGGUGGCAAAAAAGGAGGUGUUAAACCAAAAACCAAUAAGCCUGCUGCAACAACAGCAGCUCCACCAGCUGCUGCAUCAAACGAAAUACAGAAAUCACCAAAACCAACAACAACAACAGCAGAUGCCCAACAAGAUCAAUCAAAGCAAAAUUCCGGCGAUGAAUCAGAGGACUCUGAAAUUGACGAGAAAGAAUCUGCCGCUGGAUCGGUUAGUGACGAUGAUGAGAAGAAAAAUUCAUCUCUUGAUGACGACGACGAUGAAGAAUGGGACCGUUUGCAACAAAAGCUUAACAAACGAGAGAAACUUGAAGGCAAAUCACGCGUUUCGCACACCGUUCACUGUCCCAUGUAUCCAGAAGAGAAACAGGAAUAUUGGUGGACAUAUAUCUGCGAUCGUAAGUCACGCACGCUUCUUACAGCACCAUAUCAUGUGACAAGUUUAAAAGACAGAGAGGAAAUUCAGUUAAAGUUCACAGCUCCUCGAUGGGCAGGUGUAUACACAUUUACUGUUUGCUUACGAUCAGAUUCAUAUCUUGGUAUGGAUCAACAGCAAGAACUCAAAUUGGAUGUGAAAAAGGCACCAGUACCUCCGGCUGAUCAUCCCCAAUGGGAUAUCAGUGAGUCCGAAUCAGAGCACAAGGAUGAACAAGAGCACGAGAGUGAAUUCACGACUGAUACAUCUGAUGAUGAGGAAUAAUUUUUUUUUUUUUAACUUUCUUCCAAUUCAAACACAGAACACACACAUUGUUUGCAUUCUGAAUUGAAUUAAAAAUGUUUGUAUACAUUGAAGAUAUUAUUCUGUUCUUUUAGUUCAUUAUAUGGAUUAUAUUUAUAAAAAAAACAUAAAAAUAACAAAUAAAAAAAACGUAUUGUCUUAUAUGUA